AUGUCUCAAGAGGAAGAAUCUUUCUACUUGCCUACUACUCCACCUGGCGUGGCUCGACUGCACCCCAGUGGCAGUGCGCAUAGUCGCCAUACUUCUGGCUCCUCUAUUCGUUCUGUUCGUUCACAUGACUCUUCACCCGAGUCCAUUAUAACCAACAUCACCACCCCCAGCAGCCCGGGUUCUCCUACACACCAACACGGACCCCAGCUGCUACCCAAGAUCCAGACCGAGGAUGUUGACGACCCGGAGCCAUCCCCCAAUGUUGGGCCCCGUCGUCAUCGUCGUGUCUUGUCCAACACCCGUAACCCACCAGGAUACAUGCCCUACCCUAGCACUCGACCAACCUCGGUGUCGAGAAACACGCUAGAUGCUUCGGACUGCGGUGCCAGUGGUGGACCUGUGUCGCCAGCAUCGCCUACUCCAUCGACCCAUGAUCCAACAACUAUCGUGAUAUCUACCUCUGGCUUGUCAUCCCCAAUUGCCUUGUCAUCACCCACGGCCACCAAACGCAAAAGUAUGUCUCCUGCUACUGCUGCCCGUGGUCAUUUUCGCUCUGUAUCUGCAUCCAGCAUUGAUGGUCUUAAUUUGUCCCGAUGUGGAUAUCCGACCUACAGAAAGCUUCCAAAGCAUGCAUCUCGGCCGGAAACCUCUCCCUCUAGUCCCGUCGACACUACUUCAUUUGUAUUCCCGGGGUAUGCUCAUGUGACGUCAAUACGAGUUCCUCCUCCGAUCCAGAUACCAAUGCAUAAUGCCUACCAUGGACCUAUGUCUUCUCCUCACUAUCUUCGCUUUGUUCAGGGUGCCACCGAGCCAUCGCCCGUCAGCUUUUAUGUGCCGCCACCACGUCCAUGCGACUCAUCAACCACUCUACUUGCCAAUCUCACCUCUGUCACACCAACCAUAAACAAGGUGCGCACGAUCAAUCACGGUCCGGCCCGCGGUCUGCAGGACUAUUUCUGGUGGGAUGUUCGCCAACUGCGCCACUGGUCUUCUUUCUCAAUGUCCACCAUCAACAAGGUCUGCGGACUGACCCAGCUUCUAAAAACGCCAGUUUACGAAGAACCACCAGAAACUUCUAUUCCAUCAUCGCAUCUAACGCCCGAAUCGGAGAAUUCAUUGAUCAACCUGAUUGGUGAUAUUUUCGCUCCACGUGUCAAUGCUGCAUUGAGAUUAUCGCAAGGAACAUCCCAUAUCGGAUUAUACGUCUCUCCCGACGCCGCAUCUGCUGGUGGACGCAAUGCCAACGGACCGCAUUUCAAGGGCAACUACACGACAGAUCUUGAUCGGACGCCAUCGGGCACUCCCCGAGCCCGAGUCGUGGGCGUAGCCAAGAGUUUUGAUCGUUGGAACUCGAGCAUGCGCAACGAGCGCGCCCAUCGGCGGGUUGAGUAUUUGCGUGGUCUCGCUCAUCUGCAGCGAUGCAUGCGAGAGCAUUCGUGUCGGUAUGGGUUUAUUGUCACCGAGGUCGAAUUGGUCUGCGUUCGUGCUGGAUGCGAUGACAAUCUCGUACCCUAUUUCGGAUACCUAGAAGUGUCCUCUCCUAUCUCCAUGGAGGCGGCGGCGCCGGGAAUUAUUUCUGAUGCUGAGGAUGAGAAGAGGGGUGGCGAUACGAAUUUUUUCAUGAAUUUCAAUAUGGAUAUGGAUAUGGAUAUCCAUACGGAUGAGGAUGAAGAUAAGAACGAGAGUGAGAAAAUGAAUGGGCAAGGGCAAGAGACUCUUAAUGAGGGCGGAAACAAGAAUGAGGAGAAUAGGACGGAGGAUGACAUUAAGGAUAAGAGUGACAACGACAACGACAACCAUUCCAGACGGUCGGAUACGCCACACCUUUCCGCCGACGACAACCUCACAUUUGGUGGUAGCAGCAGCAGCUCAGCAUCUGUAUCAACGUCGCCAUCUCCAUCAUUAUUGCCACCACCAUCGCCCCGGGAUGAUUCAAAGCCCCUUCGAAUUGGAAAGGGACUGGGCGGAGUGCCCAUGACGGUUACAAUGGGGUUGUAUUUCUUGCUCAUGCUCUCAAAGUCCGUGGCCCUACCGGGUCAUUUACCGGGCUAUAUGAAUGAUGUCGAACCAGGUACAUUGGCUCGACAACGAAUCCUCACUGAAUCCAAGGAUAAAUGGAUCCCGGAGCCACAGUUGGGCGAGAAGAGGGAAGCGAGGCGGGUGCGCGGAUGGAUCUGGCCUCAAGAUGCAUGGCAUCGUCGCGAAGGCACCCGGCCGAAGAAACAUAUUAAUAUUGAUAAUGGGGAGAUCAAGUCGAAAAGAUUACGGAAUUUGAAAUCGUGA